AAUAUUUUUUCCAUUAAAGACUUACAAAACAUUCGAAAUGUACUACUUUUAAAAGAUAAAAAGCUGGAAAAAAAAUUCUUAGCUCGAGCGUAAUCGGGAAGUGGCUGAUGAUGUGGACAUGGAGAGGUGGGUUACUCGGUUCUAGCGCACAGCUGACACGUGCCGUUAACCAACGAGCUCGUGCGUUUACCCUCUUUCAUCAUUCUUGAGUUUCCAUUUGUGGAUGGUUAAAUUAUAUUCUAUCCGAGCUUUGUUAUUCAGAAAAGAUGUUAUGAUAUAAGUAGAUAACAUUAAAAUAUAGAUAUGACCAAAAAAAGAUGAGUAAUGAAACCAAACACCUAUAAACGAUAGAUAAUAUGUCUAAUUUGUUUUAUAAUUAGCUUGACUAUACAUUCUAUUAUUAUUCAAUUCAUCAUCUGAAUUUUUUUUUGUACUUUCAAGACUUUUAAGUUCGCUAUUCUGAUAAAAAACUAGACUCUAGCUAGUAAAGACCAAUAAACCCUAACAUUAAGAUCAACCGUACAAAACUAUAAAUCAUAAGCUUAUAGUACGGGAUCAAGAUACGACUAAGCUGAUAGUAUUUCCUUUACCCUUUUUAUAAGUUAAAUGAAAUAAUAUGAAAUGAAGUGAUGAUCACAACAGAAAUGUUAAACGUCAUCGAUUAGAUCAUAUAGUGUCGUUUCUUCUUACUUUGUAUUUGUUUGUUAAUUCAAUAUUACUUCUAACUUUGUUUUUUUUUUUGUUAAUUCAAUAGUACCUUUAGAUAGUAUCUAGAAACAAGGGUAUAGUACAUGUGAUGAUAGAAAAAGGAGUACGUAUUGCGAGGAAUUUUAUUUCCAUGGUUAAAUGCGUUGAAAAUAGUUAUACCGGAAAGAAAGACAAUUAUUUUGAUCAAGGAUUGUGAAAAUAAUCUGAACUCCGUUAAUUUGUUUAAACAUAAUUAAAUCUGAUUGUGAUUUUCUUUUGUUAAUCUCUGACGGUUCUUUUAAACCUUUAUCUAUUUUAUUUGGAAGAAUGAUGGAUUAUCAAACAUCAUGCAGAAAAUUUCAUGAGGGAAAUCAACAAAACUAAUAAAUCAAUGAUAUCUAAAAGAAAUUUCCUAUGAUGUAUGCAUACUUUUUUUAAAAAAAGUGUAUGCAUACAUUAAUUUGGUGAUAGUUGAGCUGAUGCCCUUAAACCAUGCGUUCACAUGUUGUAGAAUAUAACUGAGAAUAGAUGGAUUAUGUAUAAAAGUAGGUUACAUUAAUUAUACAUACAAACAUAUUUAUAAUGUUAUUUGGGCUCUAAAUGUUAAAUAAAAUUAAAUGCUAGUAAUUCAAAAUUGAUUAGCCACUUUUAAAUGACAAAGCAAGAUUAGCAAGUACAGAGUAAAAAUUAAUUACCAGUCAUAGCUUUGAAUAAAACCUCGAUUAUCGAGUGUUCUAUAACUCUAGUUAUCAAGGGAAGAUAGAAUAAUAGAUAAGGUUGUACGAUAAACCUCGUGCCCUACUCGUUCCGGCACGAGACUGCGUGUGGAGUGUAAGACAACUUAAAAAAGCUUUAAAAACUUCCUUAAGACAUGGAGCUAUAAGUACCAAAUACUUGGAGACAUAACUAGCUACAUCCAUAGAUUCCAUCUCAAAUUCGGUCUUAUCAUCAAAGUCUCUCUCUCUCUCUCUCAUCUACUUAAUUUUCUUUCUAGUUGAUUCCUUCAAAUAAUUGAGAGGACAAUAAUGUGUGCCUUAACACCAAUGUUUCCAAGUAACCAACAAGAAUGGUACUCUACUUCAACAAUGGAGUAUCCAUGGCUUGAUUCCUUCUCUCCUACUCUCCCUUCUUCUCUUUAUCCUUCUUUCGACCAACUAGAUGAAUUCAAGAACUAUAACAUCAAUCUUCUUCCUCAUCAUAUGAAUCUUGCCGACAUAAAUGGUACUAACAAUACCAGUAACAAUGAUCAAGAAGAACAUCAAGGAUCGGUUUUGGAAAAGAAACUGAAUCACAACGCAAGUGAACGCGACCGCCGUAGAAAGCUAAACGCCUUAUACGCUUCACUUCGUGCUCUCUUGCCUCCUUCUGAUCAAAAGUCGGCGAAUCAGAGAAAGUUGAGCAUUCCAAAGACCGUAGCGGGAGUGGUGAAGUAUAUACCAGAGCAGAAGCAAGAACUUCAACGUUUGUAUAGGAGGAAAGAAGAGCUUAUGAAGAGGAUCUCCAAUAAGAUAGAGACUUUGAAUCAUCAACAAGAACAGCUGAGAAAUAGAGCAUUAAUGAUGGAGUCAAUAGAUUCUUCUUCACAAAAGAUCGCUGCAAAUUGGAUCACCAACACAGAAAUAGCUGUCCAGAUUGCUACAUGGAAAUGGACAUCUAUCUCAGACAUGUUGCUUAGGUUAGAAGAAAACGGGCUUAAUGUCAUAAGCGUCUCUUCUUCGGUUUCUUCCACCGCAAGGAUCUUCUACACACUGCAUCUUCAGAUGAGAGGAGACUGCAGAGUGAGAUUGGAAGAACUCGACAGUAUGCUAUACGGAUUUCACCAAUCACUUUGAGAGAUGAGAGUUUCAAGGAAUGAGUCUAGUUAUUUAAUGUUAUAGACUUUUAUCAGAUUUUAAAACUUUACUCUUUUGUAACGUCUUCUUGUUAUAGUUUUCUCUUAUUGUUAAAUUAAUGAUAUUAUUUGACUCAGAAACUUUAUUCAA